AUGGGUUUUCGGCAGCUGCAGUCGAGGUUUUCAUCGUUUGGUAAUUCGAUGAAUUAUGCCUCCAAGAAUUGUGGACCCGGAAUCACUCACAUUUUUGAGGCAAGGUACUAUAGUAGUAACCUAGCUUCUAAAGAUACCAAAGAAGACAAGCCAGCUCAAGUUGUGAAAUUUGAUUCCAACGUUGAAAACGUCGAUGGUCAGAGUGGUAAGGCUGUUGUUAGCAGCUAUUGGGGGGUGCCUCCGUCUAGAGUGACCAAGGAGGAUGGCUCGCCCUGGCGAUGGAAUAGUUUUCGGCCAUGGGAGACAUAUAAAGCGGACACUUCAAUUGAUGUGACGAAGCACCACAAGGCAACUACGUUCAUGGACAAAUUUGCCUAUUGGACCGUUCAAUCUCUCAAGUACCCCACCUAUUUGUUUUUUCAGAGACGCCACAUGUGCCACGCUAUGUUGCUAGAGACGGUGGCAGCCGUCCCGGGCAUGGUAGGCGGGAUGCUUCUACACUUAAAGUCGCUCCGGCGGUUUGAGCAUAGUGGUGGAUGGAUCAAAGCCCUUCUUGAAGAAGCAGAAAAUGAGAGAAUGCAUCUAAUGACAUUCUUAGAAUUAUACCAACCCAAAUGGUACGAGAGAGCCCUAGUAUUUGCUGUCCAAGGUGUAUUUGCAAAUGCCUAUUUCGUGUCCUAUGUUGUCUCCCCAAAACUUGCUCAUCGCAUAACAGGCUAUCUUGAAGAAGAGGCGGUGAAUUCAUACACUGAAUUUCUAAUUGAUUUGGAGAAGGGCCUUGUUGAAAAUAGACCUGCGCCGGCGAUCGCCAUUGAUUACUGGCAGUUGCCACCAGAAUCAACUUUGAAAGAUGUCGUCACGGUUAUCAGGGCUGACGAGGCGCACCAUCGUGACCUUAAUCACUUUGCAUCGGACAUUCAAUGUGGAGGACACAAGCUAAAGGAUUAUCCUGCCCCGCUGGGAUACCACUGA